AUGGAUCUAGUCCGACGUGGCGUGCUGGUAGUGGUGCAGCAACCAGUAGAGGACGACGAAGCAGGCGGUACUGAUACUAGCAGCAGCCGCCGCUUACCUCGCGAGAUCUUUAUUCUCGGCACGACGCAUGUGUCGGAAACGGCAGCUGAGGACGCCAUGCGCGUCGUGCGGAGCGUGCAGCCUCAGAACGUGGUGGUGGAGCUGUGCAAAAGCAGAUCCCCCAUAAUGUACGAUCCGAUUCCAGAGGGCAACCAGCCGCUAGCACCAAGCUCUGCCACCACGGGUGCUGCUGCUGCUCCCACCACCAGCGAUGCUGCUGCUACGAGCAGCAGUGGUGCGGCUCCUCCUGCCCGGGAUCUAUUUCUUAUGGGAGGGGCCAGCCUGCCUCAGACGCUCAUGCGCAGCAUUCAGCUUGGAGGGCAGUCCAGCCUGCUGCUGCGCCUGCUGCUCUCCUUUGUUUCUCGACAGUCUGCUCAAGCAGCAGGCGUACAACCGGGGCAUGAGUUCCGUGCAGCAAGGGAGGCUGCAGAUGCAAUCGGGGCACAGCUGGUGCUGGGAGAUCGACCCAUUGAGAUCACUCUGCGUCGUGCAUGGAAGGCCCUCUCUCUUCUCGAUCGCGCUCGCCUCGCCUCGGCCCUCCUGCAAGGCGGGCUGAAAGGUGGCUCUCUGGAGCAGAGCGAGCUGAGAGGAACAUUUUCAAAACAGCUGGAACGGCGUGAUUCUACUGGUCCAGAGAUGGCAAAUGUGAAUGUGGAUGGAGAUGUAGUGGGGAGAGACGGUGGAGUGGAGAGAGGAGGAGUGGACGGAAAGGGAGGUGGGGUGGAGGGAGAGGAAGAGGUGGAGUUUCUAUCGGCUGUUUUCCAGGAAGUUGCGCGGCAGUUUCCCACGCUCAUCGGGCCGCUGGUGCAUGAGAGGGAUGCGUUGUGGAACUCAGCAUCACAUCCUCCCCCUCCUUCUCCCAACCCUCCCAUCCUCCCCUCGCUACUCGUCCCCUCUACAGUAUCUAGCAUGGGCCUUAAAACGGAGCAAGGCUCCACAGCCGCAGCGCCGGCACCAACAGCUGCCGGUGCUGCACUGGACACUGCUUCCUGGAAGCUUCUUGAGAGCGCCUUUGGGUUUUCCUUCCUCUACCCGUCCUCCUAUAUAGUCACAAUCAACCGCAAGAACGACCCAGCAGACGCCCCACUCACAGCAGACGGCGCUCAGGCCCUAGCAGUCGUGGGCAAUUUCGUCACCUUCGACAUGAUGAGCGUCAUUCGCUAUGCCUUCAACCCAAACCCCGACAAGCUCGCUCCUCUUAUCCAACGCAUCCUGCCCAACGGGUGGAGCACUCCCAUGGUGGAGGAUACAGUGUUCCCCACUCCAUGCCCCCACUCCAUGCCCCCACUCCAUGCCCCCACUCCAUGCCCCCACUCCAUGCCCCCACUCCAUGCCCCCACUCCUCUGUCUCCCUCUGCCCCCACUCCUCUUUUCUUCCUUCCUUCCUUCCUUCCUCCCACGGCCAUUCAGAAUCUGAGCACCUCAUUGGUGGAGGACACGGUGUUUCCCAGCCAUCCAAUCAUAGAGCUUCCUCUGAAUCUCCAAAAGAUUCUCUCCGCCCUGGCAUCACCUGCUGGACUCAGUUUUGAGUAA